AUGCAGUACAUGAAGGAGGUGCGUAAAGUUAUUGUUGUGGAUGUUCAAAAUGGAAGUUUAAUACUCAUACUGGAAUGUAGCUCUCUUCAGAUCCUUGACGAACUCUGGGAAGACUAUUGCACAGGUCACCUAAAUGAAGUGGCACAAAAAUUCCUUGUAACAGACGAAAUUCUCAAGGAAUUUGGCCUAGCUGAAGUAAAACUCACAACAACUAUUAACGAAGAGGAAUACAAAGCUUGUCGUGAGCUUUUAUUGAAUUCUUCAAGUAAGUAUUAACUACUUAAUCACAAAUCCUAAAUACACGUACUGGUGUUUAGGAAAACACGGCCUGGAUUUCGACAUACCAAUCUGGUAAGUACCCCGGGUGUGACGUAGUGUGACCCUCGCUUUGAAAAAUUCUAGGUACGCCCCUGAGUUAACAUACGCGAAACUACGGCUCGCCACGAUGCCCUACGUACUCGGGAAACGUGUACGGUGAGAAAAUAAGUUUAAUUAGCAAAUCACCAAAUUUGCACGUGCAUCUUACUUUUUUUCCCCAUUUUUUUGCCAUACUGCACGACCUCGACGUGAAAAUUCCUAAUUUUAUGUCUUAUGGGGGACGUGUCGUAAACAAACAAUGAUGACCUCUUUUCCAAAGGGCGUAAGAAGUUAGGGCGUUGAAACGAGCGGGGUUGAGCGAUCUAGCUGUGAUGCAAGCGUCUGGGUACUACCAAAGAGACAAAACAACAUGGCGGACAUUAUAUUGGACUGUCAGAGAGAUUAUCCAGCAAAAUUUAGCCAUUAUCCCGUGGCAUUCAUUUGCUGCAAGCAAUAGCGAACGAACAAAUUAUUUUUUCUCACGUUCGUUUUCUGUCUUGUUCAAUUUUUCCCCCGCGAACAAAUAUCUGUAUUGAAUAUAGUUCCACCUCCGUGACCUGCAUUAAAAUUUCGUGACUUGGUAAGAAAAUGACAUCACAACUCAGAUGAUAGCACUGACAUCAUUUUUAGACUAAUAUUAUCAGUUCUCUACUUCAGUUUAAUAUCAAGUUGUGUAAGUUAUCAUCUGCUAUGGCAUUUAUUUUUUGCUGUCCAGUUUCAAGGCCAGAUGAUCUGUUUUCACUAUUAAAGUUUGGAUUUGUUGGUGUACAUCAGUAUUGUUCUCUAAACACCUUAUUGAGCUAUCUGCAAUAUUGAGCAUUACAGUUGGACAGAUUGUGAAAACUAAAGUCCGGGUAAAUUUAAAAUUUAAUAGAAUCAUCAUGUUUUAUCUUGUACACUAAUACUACUGUGCAAUGAAGAAUAAGGAUGAGAAAAAAAAUAUAAUUCACUGCCCUUGAAAAACUAACAAAGAGGUCGCAAGAACACAAAUAAGUAGCCCAGAAAAUAUUUUUGUUUGAUAAUAACAGCUUUCUGUAAUGAAAUGGUCACUGAAAACUACCCAUGCAAGACAAACUAAGGACCUUUAAAGAAACUAAACAUUCACUAGUCUUACAUUGAAACCAGACAUUGCUAUAUAUAUAUAUCUUACAUUACAAAUUCAAAAGUAUAUUGCAAACACGAAAAUUAUACAGAAUUGUGCACAAAUGAAAUACAAAUGGCCUGUAACAGCUAUUAAACCAUUGAAAAACAAACUUUUUAGUGUGGCCAGCAACCCUAGCACACUUGUAUACUUCAUGUCCAGUAUGAUUCAAUUUCAUUCUUGGUUAAAUUUAUUAACUGCAGCAGGCUUAAUCAAAGUUGAUUCAAAAAUACUUUCCUGUUUCCUUGUCUACAAUAUAUAAUAUUAAGAGAGAGGAUAUAAUGCUAGAAAUAUUAUACAGUAGUACAAUAAAAAGAUAAGGCACCUCCAGGAAAUCGAGUUGGUCCCUACUAUUCUUCAGUCAUUUCCUUUUACUCUCUAUAAGAGUUCAAGACCAGUGUCCAUUCAGAUAUUUUGUGCCAAUCCCAAUACAAGAUAUCCAAAGUGGAAAAAAGGGGGUGCAACACCACACUUAAGCCUCUGACGACAAAAAUACAAUGUUGCACAGUCUUAAUUUAUUCUACUGGCAAUCAAAUUAAGACCUCUUCAUGUUCUUCUUCAUAAUCGCGGUAUUAUGAACUCGUUUAUCUUUCAGUGUGUGUCCUAGUAGUAUUUUCAGGCCGGGCACUCACUGUUGUCCUGCAAAAGAGCAUAAUAACAAACACAUUCUAUGAUUUAAUUUUACAGUGGAAUCUUUGUAGGGAUUUGAAAGCAAAUUUCUCCACAGGCUUCAUUCUGUUUCUGUGCAAUACAACCUUUAGAUUUAUACCACAGUGAAGCAGAAUUUGUUGUUGUUUAUGUAAAGACAGUGUCACAUGCACGAGAUCAUUCGAAUGUAAUUUUCUAGUAGAACUUCAAAAAUAGUCUGAACCUUCUUGGAUCGCGGUUCUAUAACUAAAAAAUUAUUUACCAUCUUAGUGUAUAUUUAAAAAAGAAAAAUCGCUAAACUGGGCAACUGAAUUUAGUAACAAGCUAGACGCCAACGUACAAAACAAAAACCUUAAUUGCUAUCGCCAUUAUGAAGUCAUCUCUUCAGAAGUAAAGAAAUCUUAAAGGUUCAUAAAAGUUCACUCUAAAACUUUGCAUGCACAAACAAAAUUUAUAAAACUAUUACAUAUUUUUUUUGUAGCCGUUUAUUAUCAUUUGGUUUUGACUGGCAAGAUAAAACGCGACCUUCAACCUGUAAUAUUCGAUAGGCCACUUUGACACUACAUAUUAAACAUAAAAGGCGAAAAAACACCUUAACUUACGAGACUUAAAAUUUUCUGUAUAUCGUAUAGAAAUACGCCAAAUAUCAAAUCUAAAGAUAUAAAGCAAUAAAUCCGAACCUACCUCCAGCUAGACGGCGCCAUUUUUCUUGCCCUGACAGCGGAUCGAUAGCAUCCUCGGAGACCCAGGGGCAGUCAGUCGGGCCGGGUUGAAAGUUCAAGCAUGGGCGGAAGAGCCCCUGGGUACCGACUCUCACCGGACCAUUUCAAACGGUCAAGAGAAUGCUGGUUCCUGAUUGGGCACAAAAAUGCUUUGUAUUAUUGUGCCCAAUCGGCGAACAGCAUCUCCUGAGUUCUUUUCGUGAGUUCGUACACGACGGCUAUUAUCUCGCCACAGUUGUCCGGUUCGUUCACCAAGCUUUCCUAACGUUUCGGAUGCUAUCAGCAGGAGCAAUUCAAUUUGCACUGAGAAAAUUCUGUUUCUGACGGAUCACAAUGUAUCGCAAAUAAUAGGAAGUUUAAGAUGAAGCGGCGACGCGAAAGUAAAAAAAGAAAUAGCUUGACAAGGCAAAACAACAACUUUGCACGUGCAUCACGCUUUUUUGUAUAUUUCUUUGCCGUCACUGCACGACCACCACGUGAAAAUGCCUAAUUUCACGUUUUGUGAAGGACGUAAACAAGCAAUGACAAAAUUUUCUUUCUCUUUAUGAACUUGGAUAUGGUUGAUAGAAAUUCAGCUCCGGAAGAGUUCGCUUGUAUUUGACAAGUAAGUAAGUAAUGUAUCGGUCAAAUCGAAGCUUCAACAUGCCCCCCCCGGGCAACCCCCCGGGCAUUUGACUUUUUUGAAAAUUAUUGUUCAAAUUCCCCCCUAACCGGGCCAAAAUGCCGUUCAAAUGCCCCACACAAGGGUCCAUUCAGGUGAUCAAAUGCCCCCACCCCGGGGACAUUUCACAGGCACAUAAUGACAGAAGGACGGCAGAAACCCCUUCAGUUGUCGAACAAAAUCUUUAUAAAUACAGUAAAUAAUUCGCAUUCAAUAUAACAAAAACUGAGAAACACUGUUAGCGUAUUUACUACAAACAAACUUCUCGUGCAAAGCGCCGGAAAUUGUUGCUACAAGGUCACUGAAUUCUCAGCUUUUCUUCGUGUGUCAUGCAACAUAGAAAACGUUCUAUAAAAAAAAUCCCACCUACUAUAUCAUGACCAUUUCACUGACAUGAAUCAUCGCUCACCUUAUACAUGCGGCAGGUCAAAGUAAUAUUGACCUCUGUUGAGCUUUUUAUUGUUGCAUUGAAUCGCUGGUAAUAGGUAAACACAACUUUUAUACAUUCAUGUAUUCAAAACCAAGCUUGUUUAAGCCCUUUCCUCGUAACCAAUUGGCCACAAAGGCACAAUCUUUUCCACGAAAAUCCCCCAACACCGCGUCCCCCAUGAUAGCCCGCCACGCAGGAGAUUUCACAUGAAAAUCGUGGGUGCAGUUCAAAUUCCCCACCCCCAACGCAUGGAGAUCAAAUUCCCUACCCCCUGGAAGACUCUGAUAAUCAAAUUCCCUCCUCCCCGGGACGGCAAAGGUGUCAAAUGCCCGGGGUUUGCCCGGGGGGGGCAUGUUGAAGCUUCGAUUUGACCGAUACAUAAGUAAGUAAGUAAGUAAGUAAGUGAGUUGGAACAAUCACGAUAGAGACUAAAAAAAUGUGAGUUCACUUUUCAUGCGACGUUUUCGGGGUUGUCAGCUGUCGCGGCAUAUUUUAAAAACUCCCUAAUAUUUACGAAGGCGUGAUCGAUGCAAGCGUGGCUGGAUACCUGUUGUAAUGCACCUAUCAAUGUAAACCCCGUGGGAGUGCGGGCAAGGGGUGGGGAUUUGACAAAUUUUAAAAUUUUUCGAUCAAAUUCCCCAGGGUGGGAAACGAAAGGUCAAUCAAAAGUGUCAAAAAAGCCCCCACCACCCCAGGGGAAAAAAUCUAAACAAACAAUGCUACAAUACUAUACAAAACGAAGAAAAGAACAUUUCAAACACGUUGUUACUACUUUUAUUUACGGUUAACGGAAGCUCCAUUAAAUUACUCGCUGUAAUUGAGUAUUUUCUCUCUCCACUAGCAUCUCUUAUCUUGAACAACAAAAUCACUCCAGGAAGAUUGACCGUGUUAUAUAAUAUUAAUAAAACGUAAAAUACUUUAUAACAUCUGCUCAACAUGUCGGAACAGGUCGGAUCAGUGACCCAUAAAAAAUCCUCUGACUUUCAUGGUGGAAUUCGAUUUCAAUCGAGUUUUACAAUCAGAUGGGAACUUGAAGAUAAAAACUUUGUCAAAAUAGACAUUAUCUGUUUAGAUGACAGUUUAAAGUAUCGGAUUAUGGCGAUUAAAACAAAUGAAAACUUCAUACCUUUCUCCAACAACGUGACUUUCAGGAAGCCUCGAGGGACGGACAAACUGUCGGUCAAAGUCAAAUGUCCCGACCCCGGGGUCGCUUCGCACGAUCAAAAGCCCGACAGCGGGGAUAGUCCCAGGCAUCAAAUCCCCUCCCCUUGCCCGCACUCCCCGCCCCCACGGGAUUUACAUUGAUAGGUGCAUAAGCUCAAGCUUGUAUUUUUGGAAAAGCGUCUUUAGUUUUCCUGUAGACAGUGGUUGUCUUCACACUAGGCUGUUAAGUAAGACUUAAGAGCUGCUAAGUAUCUCAUUGAAGUCGGAAAGUUGAAACGAUUCAAGAAAGUUUCAAGUGACUUGAAAACCAUUCUUAGAACCGACUUAGCGAACUUGCGGUUUCUAAGCUUUGAGAAAGGUGAAGCAUGCCAAUCAAUCUUAAUUACGUUGCGUCGGAAAACCUGAAGUUAAAAAGAUAAGUUGUAUGUGAAGCUUUCUUUUACUUGAACAAUUUAAAAUUUACUUGUCUUGAAAUAUUCCUUAGCUUAUUUAGGCUCUAGUGUAAAGACUACCAGUAUUUUGAAAUGUAGCGUUUUUCAAACUGAAAGAUUCCUUACUGCGUGCAUUUCUUUGGUGCAUGAGCCAGACAAGCAGUGAUCGAGUCAAUAACCAUCGUGUACGAACUGGCGAAAAAAACUCAGGAGAUGCUAUUGGCCGAUUGGGCACAAUAAUACAAAGCACUUUUUGUGCCUAAUCAGGAGCCAGCAUUCGCUUGACAGUUUGGAAAUGGUCCGGUGAGAGUCGGUACCCAGGGGCAGGGGCUUUUCCGCCUGUGCUUGAAAACGUUUGUCGCGCCUUUUCUCCCGGCCCUACUGACAGCCCGUGGGUAUCCGAGGAUGGAUCGAUAGCGGAAAGGCCAACUAGUUCCAGUCCUACUCCGCAUCAAAGCUGAAUCAGAGAGCGCGUAUUUGCGUUUUAACGCCCUAGCUUCUUACGCCCUGCUUUUCCCUGUCCUAACUCGGAUAUGAGUUCGCCUACAUUAGACAAAGAACCGACUUGCAAUAAUCACAAAUAAUUUAAAAAGAAUGCGAAUUCACGUUUUAUAAAAAGCGGCGAUUUGGCGCCUGUCGUAGUCUUAACUUUAGGUAUUGACGCGUGGCCGGAAAAAACUUCUUCCGGUCACCGUGCUGUCCUUACUAGACUUAUCCGUAGUCCUUCUUAAAAGUCGAUAUUGACAUCACUAAACACUAAUAUCUAAUUACGUUUUUUUAAAAUGAUAUCGCCUGCAUUCCUAUUCAAUGAUUCUACUGAUUUCCUUUGGUCUUUAUUCAGUUAAAUAAAAUAUGUAUUUCCUCUUUUUCUGGUGCUGUAGAGAAUCAAUCUAGUGUUGCUGAUAACCUCUAUCAACUUGGAACCGAGAAACGUGAACAACAAGAUAUCAUAAAAUCAGCCCACGAAUUCGACCAGCGUUCGCCGGACAUACGUAUAAAACUAGUUAGGGAAGAACACCAAAGUACUGCUGACUGGUACUACAAAGUGGGGAUAACACAGCAUAACCGUGGUGAUUUUAAAGCAGCUCUGCAGUCAAAACAGCGUGCACUGGAAAUACGUAUUAAACUGUUUGGAGAAGAACACAAGAGUACUGCUGACUGUUACUACUCACUGGGGUAA